AUGGCGCCUCUCCGCACCCUCUUCUUAAUGUCCUCACUAACCAGCCUAUCUCGACUCACCGUUCGCGCAGCAUCAUCCCACGUUCCCCAACGCCGCGCCAUGUCCUCCUUCAAGCUUCACCCAACAAUCUUCAACGCUACACUGUACGCGCAACUCACAGACCUCUGGCUCCCCAACGUCGACUCCACCGGCUCAGAACUCGACCCCAGCUUACUUCAGCGCUGGUUCUCAUCAGACCCCGCCUUAGAUCGCACAUGCCGCGACUCCUUCGCGCACGCGCUCGAAGCCAUUGGGCCCGAGAACGUCGAGCCCAGCGCGCAGCCGUUCGUCGAUGAGAUAGAGCGUGCGGGUGACGACGGGGCAUGGACGGCGCUGAGCCUAGCCAUUCUACUUGAUCAAAUGCCGCGGAAUAUCUAUCGCACGGAUGAAGGCCUGCGCAAAGUAUACACGCACUACGACCCCAUGGCGUACAAUCUCUCGCGGGCAUUAUUAUCCCCUGAUAAGCGUGUCGAUCUGCGUCCGCAGUUUAGGCACUCGAUUGCGCAUCGCAUGUGGCUGUACAUGCCGCUGAUGCACUCGGAAGACAUUGAGGCGCACAAGCUUGUAGAUGGGAUACUCGCAGACGCGAAGAGCGAUGUGGCCGGGCGUAAAGGGUCGGAAAUGAUGCUCGCAGGGCAAUUGAAGGCGGAGAAAGAACACCGGGAGAUAUUGGAUCGGUUCGGGAGGUAUCCGCAUCGAAACGGGGCGUUGGGUCGGGUGAGUACGGAGGCGGAGAAGAAGUUUAUCAGGGAGGGAGGCGCGACGUUUGGAGUCAAGCAGGCGAGAGAUGAAUUAUAA